AUGGCCGACUUUAUCGGGAGUCACAUCUCGCUCAUUAGCAAGAGUGACAUGUAAGUCGCUGUACCUCAAUGCGUCCCGCGUGAUGGACGAACGGAGUCUGAUGAUCACCACCCGCGACCGCGCGCCCAUUCCCCUGUCCCUCUCCCUCUGCAGCAAGUACCUCGGUGUCUUGCACUCGAUUGAUCCUGUCGAAGCAACCGUGUCUUUGGAAAAAGGUUAGUCUAUUGCUACUAUUCUUCAGUGAGCCUCUGGCGACAGUAAUCGGCUGAGGUCGUCAGGUGUGGACUACCCGGCACCCAUUCCAUGCCCCACGGGACGCAGGGUCUGUGUCCGUAACGUGCAUGACCCAUUCGAGCAACACGCAAAACAUACUACAAUCCAUUUGUGCACAGCUGACACCGCCCUGGGACCGGCGCUCGUUUUCCUCCCCACACAGUCCGCUCGCUCGGAACACAAGGUCGCAAGGGCAACCCCGCAGAAGAAAUUCCGCCCAACGACAAUGUAUACGAGUCAGUCGAGGAUGCUUUGAAGGAUGCUUUGGGGGGUGCAGUGUCCUGACGACGUAUCGAUUGCCCCCACGCAGCUUUGUCGUGUUCCGUGCGGCCGAUGUCAAGGACUUGCAGAUUGAGGCACCCCCCGCCGCAGCACCAAGUCAAGCUCCCAUCAGUGAUCCUGCCGUUGUAGCUGUGAGUUGGGGUGAAGAUCCCGUGGAAGGAUCACAGUGCACCCGCUGACGAACCGCGCCCUCCCCCCUUCAGACGAAUGCGGCCCCUCCCGCGCCUGCUGCCUCGACGCCCCAAACGUCCCAACCGCAGCAGUCACCUCAACAGAGCUCGAAUCUGCCCCCACAAGCCGUCUCCGCCCAACGAGGCGGCUUGGACCAACCGCCACCGCAGCAACAGCAGGGCUUCGGUCCUCCCGGCGGCCAGCAAGGCCAGUUCCCUGCUUACCCGCCCUACGGUCCCCCUGGAGGCUAUGGCCCUCCCCCUGGUCCUCCCGGACAAGGCUUUUACGGCUAUGGUCCUCCUCCACGCCACUUUGGUGGCCCCGGUGGCUUUGGUCCCCCUGGUCCUGGUGGCUUUGGCCCGCCCAUGGGUUACCCCAAUCAGUUUGGCCCUCCCCCUCCUCAGCACCAACAACAAUUGCCGCCGCCGCCGCACCAGCAACAACAGCAACAGCAGCAACCUGCCAAGUUUUUGACCGAUGGCCCUGCCGCUACUUCCUCGCCUGCCGUUCAGAACGCUGCCGUACCCCAGCCCGCGGUCGAAUCGAAAGCCGCCCCCAGCAAAGCCGCCGAAACGGCCCAGGCCGCCCAAGUUCCUCAAGCUGCCGAGGCAAACAAGACCGCUCCUACCCCUGCUGCUCCCGCCGUCGAUGCUGCGGCUUCGAAGCCUCGCUCGUACGCGAAUCCUGGUGGAGCCGUCUCUACUCCGGCUAGUGAUGGACAAAAGCAGACCGCUGACCAAAGUGUAGCCAAGUUGACGGACGACAUGUCGCGAUCGAACCUCGAAGCAGGAGCGGCGAAGCAGGCUCAGUCCGGUGGUGCUCGAAACGGCGGUGCUCCUCAGCAACAACAGCAGCAACAGGGUGCGAACCGAGGUGGACGAGGCCCUGGUGGACGAGGUGGACGCGUCGCAGGCACCGAUUCCGUCGGCGGUUCCGUCUUUUCCAACAACGCCUCCAACCAUCAAAACCCGAACCAAGGGAAUCGACGAGGAUCCGCGAAUGGACCCGGUACUGGCCUCGGUGCCGGCCGUGCUCUUCAACCUUUCGGACGACCGACGGCGCACGUCGACGUCCCUUCGACGGACUUUGAUUUCGAAUCCUCCAACGCCGGCUUCUCCAAGGACAAAGUCCUCGCUGAAGGGGAAGAGGACGAAGAAGUCGUGAUCCCCAAAGCCAACGAUUCCUUCUACGAUAAGAAAUCGUCCUUCUUCGACUCGAUCUCGUCGGACGUCAAAACGAGGGCCGAGGGAGGGAUGGUCAAUAGUGGUUUUACUUCGGGAGGCAGGUUCGAUCGGGAUAAGGAGAGGAGUAAGAAUAUGGAGGCGUUUGGCGAGUCGGGGGCUGGGAUGGGAUUCGGUGGACGUGGGAGGGGUAGGGGUGGGAGGGGUAGGGGCGGGGGCGGGGGUUAUCAUCGUGGAGGGUACAAUCGGGGUGGACCGAGACAGAAUGUUAGUGGGGGCGCCAAUGGUGGGGGGGUUUGA